AUGCCUGCACCAGUGCAGUCAGGAUCUACAGCCAAUCACCGAGAAUACCCAUGUGCCGUGUUUGUUGGGCCCACCUUGGUGUUUGCGACUGACGGUGCGGGGCUCCUCUAUGUCUUUUCGAUCAAGGACACCGGCUUGUCCGAGGCCAUUGGGAUCUACCACUUGCCAAGAGAGAAUGAUUACCGACCGUUCAAGCUCCAUUAUUGUCAUCGCUCCUCUCCUACCACGGCAAUUGCUGUGAUUUCUUCCAAGGUCCCAAACCGAAACGGUAAUUCUGACAGCGGUUCGAAGCGGCAGAAUCAGACCGUUUUCGACAUAUGGGCUGUCCAAGUAAAUCUUCUCUCACUUAGGCCCGACGGCUUUCCUACUCCGUUCGACGUUCUAUGGCACCACUGCGGAGAAGAUGUUCCAACCUAUGGAUCUUUCCAACCGCAAUUCAAUUCGCACAUCCUGAUCGGGGGGACCGUUUAUGCAGAUCCCAGCAUCCCUACACCAGCUCCUUAUGAACCGUCCCCCAGUGAGAUCGCCCCAAUUCCAAGAGCCAACGAAAACCUCGACGAAUCCGGAGGGUGUCCCUCAGAACCUCAGAAACCACCCCCCUACUCGUGGUCGCAGACCCCAGAUUCCGUUAUCGUUGCCAUCCCCCUUCCAUCGGCCACUUCAAAGAACAACAUUCGCGUUGCCUUCUCUGUCAAGGCUAUCACCGUUCAUGUCGAUUACCAGGCGUCAACUUCGAUUCCGAUUCCUCGCUACUCCGCCAAAGAGUUAUGGGACACCAUCUCGCCGUCGUCCUCACUCUGGACAUGGGACAAGAGUGCUGAACACUCAUACGGCCUCCUCACUCUCCACCUCGAGAAACAACAUGAAGGCACCCGCUGGAUGCACGUAUUCGCCGCCGCAGGCACUCAAUCCAACGAUCCUCAAGAUGUCGAGGUUCCCGAAACCCUUGACCCAUCCGAACUCUGGCAGAUUCGAGAAACCCUCGAAAAAUACACUGCAUCUCUCCGAGACGGGAGCGACGCGAGUGGCCUUGGUCUCGGGUCUGGCGUGCCCAGUCUUGCGAGCGGAGAAAUAGACGAAGAGGUCGAUAUGUCGGUGGGCCGAAAAGUCUAUUUGACGUGGGUAGCGGCCGAUGGGGCGAAACCUGCGUGGUUUAACACGACCGAGCAAAUUCCUUUCCAACUUCUUGCAACUCUCUUGCCCGGAGUCCACGCGACCGAGCUUCCUUUAGUCAUCAAACAUAAUUUGGACGGGUUGGUAUUCAAUUUGAAGGCUUCCACCACGGAGGAACCUCUGUGGAUCCAUGACUCGACGUUUUCGGCACUCGCAUUCGUGCUUGCUUCCAAGCGCGACACUCGGUUCACAUACAUCGUCCCAGGGAAGGCAGUCCUCUCUUUCGAAGGCGGGGGUCGGAACCGGGGAGGGAAUGUUUAUAUAUAUCGACCAGCUGCCAAGAAGGACAACUGGGCGAAGCAGAGUAUCCUUCGAGUGGACGGUGGAGAGGGAGAGGCUCUGCUGGGCGUUGGAGGUCUGACCAACGGUGCAGGGGAGUUCAUCAUAGUCUGCUUGCUGGAAGGGACAUUGGUAGUGAUGAAGAAGAUAUAA